AUGGACAUCAAAUACCCCGAACCCCACACCGCUUUGGAACAACCGGACGCCCUGAGAGGUGCUCUUGAGAAGCUCAAAAGCAAUUCAAAUGCCGAUCCUGUUUUUGAGUGCUACGCAUUCGAGGACGACAGAUGGAGGUUUCCCCCUGGAUCUCGGUGCCAUAAGGAGUGCACUCUUCCUCUCCACGAAGCCAACUACGGCUUGAAUCUCCUUAGACAGGCAACUACCCCAUACACUGCACGACAAGCGACAACCUUCAUCCGUCUCCUACUCUGCAGCCGUCACUAUGAGCAAACACAAUUCUUUUUGAGUCUACUCAUAAGCCUGACGGAGCUCGAUGACCAAAAGGAGAUCUCGAAGGCACAUGUCAACGACAUCUUUCUCUUUCAGUUCUCAUCCUCCCUGGCCCUACGCCACAAGGCCCCAAUGAAGCGGCAUGAUUCGCUUGUGCCCGAAUCCUCUUUGCGUCCUUCCGCAGCACCUGCCCCGGCCAUCGAACUUAAAGUAUCUACACCUCAGCCCAGUGGGCUGUACGCCAACCUGGAGUUUCCCUCUGCUAGGUCGGAGGUCCUUUAUCACACGGAACUCCGAUGCAUUGGAUUCAUCACAGAGUACAUGCGCUGCCCGUGCAUCAUCGCAGGUUCGGCCAGAACCACGGCUCAGCAAGCUCUGACGUCGUACGUCGAAAAGCCGCAAAUAGGCAUCCUGCAGCCUCUCCUCCAGAACAUGCUUUGCCCCACGCAUAGAGGUUCUGGGCUGCUGGAUGUCUAUCGCGAGAAGUGGGCAAACCACUUUACCUUUGUCUACAACUUCGAGCAGCGUGUUCCACCCCUUUCCCAAAGCGAUCAGCAAGUCGACAGUAGCAGGUUUCGCUUCACUUAUAAGCCUCCAUCUUCGCCCGUUACCUCGAAGCAACCUGCACGCAGACCGCGUAUCAUUAGGAAUGAAACUUCAGAAAAUAACUUCGGCGGUGCCAGCGGCGCUCCGAAGCUUGAGGAAGACCACGACGUCGCCAGUCACACCCCACAGUCGCUCAAAGUGGUCCCUGUGGCCGUUCCCGGUCCUGGAAGCCGCGGCGCCUUUCUGACCCCUCUGCAAACCCGAUGGGCUGAAGCCCUUGCGAGCUCUUUGGAUGACGAACUUGACGAUCGUCCUAAAAAGGCGACUGCCGCGCAGCUCGCUAAGAGAAAGUAA